AUAACCCAUGAUAGAGCUUCGUUGCUGGCCGGAGUAGCCUAGUCGUUGGCACCACUACAUACCGUCGUGUAACAGUUUGAAAAGAGAAAAUGGGGAUUGAGGAGAGGAGUAGUACUGGUUCCUCCAUGUCACCAGAUGUGGAGAAGGAUAAGCUGUUGUUGCAGGUAUCAAGACGUGUUGAAGGAGGGUUCGAGUUUGGUGAAUUUUUCUUCCUCGAUUUCCGUACAGGUGAAGUGUCAGAUUGCCCAUAUGUUUUAUUUGCCGAUAAGGGCUGGAAUUCCAUGGUGGCUCUGGGUUCAGUCAUCUAUGUUGUUGGCAUCUGGGAACGUGAUAAGACCAGGUGGUGCAACAUUGAACCACCGAAUUCUGUAACUAACAACAAAAAGGGCAUCUAUCACAAGGGCAUGUCUUUUCUAGAUUUGAGCCAAGCUGAGGUUUUUGAUCCCAUCUCAAACAAGUGGGAGAAAUUGCUUCCACCACCUCAGGUGGGUUUUUUCGACAUCUACAAAGAUCGGUGUGGGGUUGUCGACGAUGAGAAUAAACGGAUCCUCAUCCCCUUCCAUAGCAUCAAAUCCGUGUUUGCCUACUACCCGUCGAACAAUCGAUGGGAACUUGUUCUCGAAUCUUUCUCAUGGCCUUCCGUACUCGUCUUUGCUCAAGGGAUGAUUCUUUUCUAUCUGCCCCAAAUUCCGAAGAUGUUCGGCGCAUACCAUGUUGCCACCAAACAGUGGCUUAACGUUGUGCUUACUUCGGAGGUCCCGGACCAUGUUUGGAGAUGCGAGUUUGAUGCUAUGCUUUAUUUAGGGAAUGGGAUCUUGUGCUUAGCUACUUACUCCAUCGAUUUUGAUAAAGUCCGCACCACCUAUGUCUAUAUCGCCAUGUUUAAGUUCGAGCGUGCCAGUGACAUUCCUGGUGAUCUACUCGUCACGCCACUUCCUCCACAGACCUAUACCCUUCCCACCCGUUGCUUUGGUGUCAAGUACUUCCCUGUCUAGGAACGGCCAAGGUUUGGAGUGUUCUUGGGAGUCAUUUAUCAGAAUAUUAAUUUCUGCUUGCAACUGACAGCAGCAUCGGACGAUCUGAAUUUAGAGUGUUCUUUUCAGAGAUGGACAUGCAGAAGUGGAGUAUUUCGCAACUUAUUUGCAUCGUUAUAUAUGUGUACUUGUUAUGAUUCUGAUAUACUCCCACAAAAAAGUUCCCAUUUUGAAUAAUAUUUUGUCAAAUAU